AUGGCUGAUACAGCCGACUUUGCGCUGCCUGCGCCCAAGAGGCAGCGGACUGACGACCAGAGUACAACGAUCGUCCGGCCUCUGGGCUCUCGAUUGUUCACACCCUUCAGGACGCUCGGACUAGUCUCUCCUACAUCGGUACCAUUUACCUCCGUUCCCUUGGGCAAAACUACCUUUCAAAUCACAACUUCGGUGGGCCGCAGCUUGCAGACAUAUGACCUCCGCCGAGGUCUGCAACUGGUUUUCUUGAGCCGGCCGCAAUGUCCCGAACAUAUCACCGCCACUUGCGCCUACCGGGACCGAGUACUAGUCGCUUGGGGAGGCACAGACGGCAAAGAGCGAGGCGUCUGGGUUUUUAAGAGAGGGAGGCUCAUCGCAGAGCUUGAGCACACAGACCUCCGUCAGCCUGUCGAGAGUAUCGUGGUGUUCGGUGCCUGGACGGUUGCAUGCGGUAGCAGAGCUAUUGAGGUUUGGAAAACGGACACGUACGAACAUUAUACAACGAUCGUGCCGCCAACUGCCACACCGGUCGGGGGUCCGCUUACUGGCCGAAUGUGCACAAUGCCGACCUACCUUAACAAGGUUUUCGUCGGCUGUAGUAACGGCAAUGUUGAGAUCUACAACGUCAGCACUGGCAAGCUGGUUCAUAUCCUUAAUGCUCCUUCCGCUUCAUCGGGAGUUGUGACGGCGCUUGCACCAACCACAGCCCUUUGUGUGCUUGCUGUUGCUUACAGCGACGGUUCCAUUCACUUUCACGAUGUCGACACGGACGAGAUAGUGUUAUCAAUGCCGAGUACCAACAACAAGGCCAUUACGUCGAUCGCUUUCCGGAGUGAUGGAGUUGGCGCCGGGGAUGACGGUCGCAAAGACGGUGUCAUGGCAACGGCAAGCAUCGAAAGUGGGGAUAUCACGCUCUGGGAUCUCAAUCGAGGAGGCAGAGUGACCGGUGUUGUCAGAAGUGCACAUGAGACCUCAGCCACAGCCACAGCGUCAGGCAUCACAAGAGUCGAGUUUCUUCCAGGUCAACCAGUCAUUGUGUCCUCGGGCCUGGACAACGCCAUUCGCUCUUGGGUCUUCGACGCGACGCCAUUCUCUCCUCUACCCCGUGCUCUGCACACGAGGAGUGGGCAUGCAGCUCCGGUCACCGAGCUCAUGUUCUUACCGGCCGCUUCGGAUGGAUCCGAGGCAGCAGGCAAAUGGCUACUAUCUGCGGGUCAAGACCGUGGUUUGUGGGGCUUCAGCCUGAGAAAGGAUGGCCAGAAUACUGAGCUUAGUCAAGGCAACAUCAAGAGCAAGGCUAAGAGAGUUGGUCAGCUGUCUGAGAGCCGUGCGGCGAUCGAAGAUCUCAAGGCGUCGCCCAUUGUGGAUAUGGCUUGUUGCCUCAACCGUGACGGUGGCAUGGGCAGCGUCAGUGGUACCAUUUGGAGCAACAACACCAAGUCAACCGCGGAAGAGUCCAGUAUGACUGGUUGGGAGAGCGUGGUCACCGCACAUGUCGACGACAAAUCCGCACGAACCUGGUCCUGGGGCAGGAAGAGAGCGGGACGAUGGGCUUUUGAAAGCGGAGACAAGAAGCCUGUCACUAGCGUCGCGAUUACUGCAUGCGGUACCUUUGCACUCGUCGGCUCAGCAGGUGGCGCGCUGGACAUGUUCAAUCUCCAAUCUGGCGUCCACAGACAACGAUUCCCACCUCGACUUAAGCCCGCUCAAGCAAAGGAGCUUCAGGCUAAACCCGAUGGCGCUGAGGAGUUCCUUGCGGCUCGCAGGGGACACAAGUCUACCAUCACAGGCAUCGUUGUCGACAAUCUCAAUCAGAAUGUUGUUUCAUCCUCUCUGGACGGGAGCAUAAUCUUCUGGUCUUUCAACACCGGGCUGCCCCGAUUUCACAUCAACCUACCCAACACGGCGGCCCUCAUCCUGAAAUACUCACCGUCCUCGUCACUCCUUGCGCUAUCCUGCGAUGAUCUCUGCAUACGUAUUCUCGAUGUCUCGUCGCAACGCAUCGUUCGCGAGCUCUGGGGGUGCGUCGGACCUAUCAAUAGCAUCACUUUCUCGAACGACGGGCGCUGGAUCGUCGCGUCUUCUAUGGAUAGUGUCGUCCGUGUCUUCGAUCUCGGAACGGGUCACCUCAUCGAUGCGUUCCGAUUGGCGCCUACAUGUACGAACGUCACCUUCAAUCCAUCGGGAGAGUAUCUCGCAACGACACAUGCAGGUACUCUUGGCAUUCAGAUCUGGACGAACAAAUCUCUCUAUACCAACAUCUCCUCGCAUCCAAUCUCUGAAGAAACAGGCAUUAUCGACCUCACAUCCACGACAUCUUCGCUGGUACCAUUUCCUGCCCUCGAAGUGGCGGACUUCUCUGAAGACGCCGCCCCCGAAGCACCCGCUAGCGGCACAUCAACCGACCAACUCUCAUCGGCUCUUCUCACUUUAUCGCUCCUGCCGCGUUCACGCUGGCAAACACUCUUGAACUUAGACGUCAUCCGGGCCCGUAAUAAGCCCAUCGCGCCACCUGAGAAACCCAAGGCAGCCCCAUUCUUCCUCGGAUCCUCGCUCACACUCAGCAACGGCGACCUCCCCCUUAAUGAAACCAACUCCAAAUCCCCAGAAACCACGACCAAAGCCAUGUCCCGCAUCACCGGCCUCUCAGCGGACUCAACAGCCACUGAAAUCGAGCACCUACUUAACGAGCCUUACCCGGCAGCCGGGCCCCACCCACUUCUCAAGCAGCUCCUCACACUCCCACCAUCUACGACGGCCCUAACACUGCAGACAAUGUCGCUGUCUGCGCUGGCGCCCUUUAUCCGCCUGCUGACGGCACAUCUGAGACAACGACGGGACUACGAGAUCGUCAAUACAUACAUUUCCCUUCUGGUCAAGUACCACAGCGAAUUCGCGCAGGUGGAUGAGGUGAGCGAGGCACUCAGAGAGUGGAAGAGCGUCAACGAAGAGGAAGGCAAGCGCCUGGGGCAGAUGGUGGGCUUCGCGAGUGGUGUCGUUGGAGGCUGGUUGCGAAGCAGUCGAUAG